GUAUCCAUCAAGAAGCCGUACUUCUUCGAGGAUCGCAGCGAUAUUGCGACAGUGGAGAAGCUAGAGCAGAAGUAUGUUUUGUGUCCAUUUGCCGUGAAAGAUGCCUAUUUGGUGUAUGUGGUGAAGAAUUUCCACGAGAAUCGACCCACGAGCUCAAUUUUAAUAUUCUCACAAACGUGUCGAGAGUGUCAAGCUCUAGCGAUUAUGUUCACAGGAUUGGGAUUUCAGCAGCUCAGCCAACCAAUAGCGAAGAUGUUGAGUUGUGCGUGUGUUAUGACUGGUUUGCAUAAACUUCUUCUUUACUUUAUUAUGCUGCAGGUUGGCUCGUUACAUUCACAAAUAAGUCAACACGAGAGGAUGUCCGCGUUGACCAGAUUUCGUUCGGGUCGAAUCAGGAUUUUGAUUUGUACGGAUUUGGCUGCGAGAGGAUUGGAUAUACCGCAUGUGAGUUGA